AUGGCUGACGAGAUAAACGGCACCGAAUCUCAUGUGACGAUCCAGCGACGGACUCACUACUCACCACCAUGGGCAGAUGUCAGUAUCAUCGGUAUUGCGGGCAGCUCAGGAUCCGGCAAGUCCACGCUUUCGCAUGCCAUUAUUAGGAAGCUGAAUCUGCCCUGGGUGGUUAUCUUAUCCAUGGACUCUUUUUACAACCCUUUAACACCUGAGCAAUCCAAAAAGGCGCUUGCCAACGAGUUUGAUUUUGAUUCACCAGAAGCCAUCGAUUUUGAUGUGCUCGUACAAUGUCUACGGGACCUCAAGGCUGGCAAGCGGGCAGAGAUUCCUGUAUACUCUUUUGUAAAGCAUCAGCGCCUUGACAACACUACAACCAUCUACUCGCCUCACGUGAUCAUCCUGGAGGGUAUUUUUGCCCUUCAUGAUCCGCGCAUCCUGGACCUACUGGACAUGAGGAUAUUCUGUGAGGCAGAUGCUGAUACAUGCCUGUCUCGAAGAGUCUUGAGAGACGUUAAGGAACGCGGUCGAGAUGUUGAGGGUAUCAUCAAGCAGUGGUUCACAUUUGUAAAGCCAAACUUUGAGAAGUUCGUUGAGCCUCAGCGAAAGGUAGCAGACAUCAUUGUUCCUAGAGGAAUCGAAAAUCAUGUCGCCAUGGCCAUGGUCGUCCAGUACAUCGAGCGAAAGUUAAUCGAGAAAUCGACCCACCACCGCGCGGCUCUUACCCAACUGGAGCUUGCCGCUGCGAGCGAGCCGUUAUCUGACAGGGUUGUGAUCCUGGGCCAGACACCCCAGCUCAGAGGCAUGAGCACCAUUAUUCAGGAUAUUGAUACCUCGGGAGAAGAUUUCAUCUUCUAUUUCGACAGGCUAGCUUGUCUCUUGAUCGAACAGGCGUUGAAUAAUGUGCACUUCGAGGAGAAGACGAUUGCCACGCCCCAGGGCCACAAAUAUCACGGCCUAGUAGCCAAGGGGACCGUAAGUGCAGUGCUCGUUCUCCGAGGCGGUGCAGCCUUCGAGACAGCAUUGAAGAGAGUCGUGCCAGACAUCAGAACGGGCAGAGUCCUUAUCCAGUCUAACGUACGGACGGGGGAGCCCGAGCUACAUUACCUCAAGCUCCCAGUCAACAUCGACGAGGACGAGGCUGUCCUGCUUAUUGAUACGCAAAUGGCGAGUGGAGGUGCCGCCCUUAUGGCGGUCCAGGUCCUCGUCGACCACGGCGUCGCCCAAGAGAAAAUCGUGCUGGCUUGUUAUGCCGCUGGAAGACUGGGAGUUCACCGACUUGCGAAGGUAUUCCCUGGCAUCACAAUUGUGCUGUGUAAUAUGCUCGCAGACAUUGAGGAACGCUGGGUCGAGAAGAGAUACUUCCGAUGCUAG